GAGCCGGAAGUUGGAGCCGCCACCGGGCUGGGCCGGGGGUGAGUGGCCGCCGCCGCCGCCUUGGGCUCCCGUCCCCUCCGCUUCCCGGGCCGGACGGAGCGCCGCGGAGCCGUCCGCCGCCAUGGCCAACAUGGAGAAACACCUGUUUAAUUUGAAGUUUGCUGCAAAGGAGCUCAACAGGAACUCAAAGAAAUGCGACAAAGAAGAAAAGGCAGAGAAAGCUAAAAUUAAGAAGGCCAUUCAGAAGGGGAACAUGGAAGUUGCACGAAUACACGCAGAGAAUGCGAUCCGCCAGAAGAACCAGGCCAUCAAUUUCCUGCGCAUGAGCGCCAGGGUGGAUGCUGUCGCAGCAAGGGUUCAGACUGCAGUGACAAUGGGCAAGGUAACAAAGUCAAUGGCAGGGGUAGUUAAGUCUAUGGAUGCCACGCUGAAGAGCAUGAACUUGGAAAAGAUAUCUGCACUAAUGGAUAAAUUUGAGCAUCAGUUUGAAACACUAGAUGUUCAGACGCAACAGAUGGAGGACACGAUGAGCAACACUACGACACUAACAACGCCACAGAACCAAGUGGAUAUGCUUCUACAGGAGAUGGCAGAUGAAGCAGGUCUUGAUCUGAACAUGGAGCUACCUCAAGGACAGACAGGUUCUGUGGGUACAAGCGUUGCCUCAGCAGAACAGGAUGAGCUGUCACAGAGACUGGCCCGCCUACGUGAUCAAGUCUAAGCUGAAGAAAGCUGCAGCUCUUUGUACAUGCUUUCAAAAUACCCUUUCUGUAACUAACUCUUCACUACACUAGGAAGGUGUAUACAGUAUGGCUUAGGUGUUUGAACAUUUGUAAUCUAGGGUACUUCACUCCUAGCUUGCUACUCUUUCUAAAAUACAUUAACCCCCAAAUAUCAGCUCUCUAAUGUCCUUCCUGUACAUUUUGAAGUUGAUAUCUUUUUUUGCAAGCUUUUUUUCAGAAAAUCAAGUGGACAUCCUAAGUCAGCUGGGAAUGUUGGUGCAUUCCAGCUACAAGAAAAGCAGAGUGUCAUUGAGAUAUGUAUAUUUUAAAUUAUGAAGUGAUUUCUUUUUAAAUUAUGAAAACUGUUGAUGAGAGGAGAACUGAUGGACUCAGUUCAGAUGAUUGUUGUAGAUAACUUUCUUACACAGCCAUGCUCCUGGAACACGCAGAGGUGGUCAGCGUGGGCUUCGUGGGAGGUACCCUCGGUUAAAACAAAUAAGUGGACUUUGGUCUGAGGUGUUUAGUCUUUUAAAGCUAGGGGAAAUUGUGCUGAAGUUAAUGGUUUAGUGAAAAAAUGAGUUACCAAAAGCUGUUUUCACUUUAGUGCAGGAGGAAUAAAGUAUAUUUUUCAACUCUUGAUCAGUUCUGUUGUAGGUUGCUCAUUGUUUAACGUCAAGUGCUGUAGCUUCUCCUUUUGCGUUCUUCUCCUGGGCUGCAGCCAGUUACGCCCCACACAGCAGUGUUCUACCAGUACAACAUCUGGUUCCUGUUAACAGAGUGCUCAUGCUGUCCAUUUUAUAGAUGGCAAGAUACAAAGCCUUAUAUGAAGUAACUGAAGCUGCUCUUCUCAAUUCUUUCUUUUAACCGAGUCACGUUUUAACAGGUUAAGUUUUGUGAUCACGUUCCACAUGUCAAUGCUCUUCCAUACAUGGACAAUACAGAAGUGCUCUUCCUCAGGUUCUCAUCUUCACAAUCCUUCUUUCAUAAGCCAGGGUCCCAGCCCUGGCUUCUCUGACCAGGCCAUUCCGCCAGAUUGGCUCCUCCUCCUCAGCAUCUUGCAGGUGAGAGGUGGAUGAGUCAAAGGGGGUUGUGUUGGAUUAAGAACAGCUGCUUUGUUUUUUAAGGUAUAGUGUUGCUCUCUGCAGAUAAAGUAACAUGAUUUGUAAUAUUGCAGUGGUAUGGAGAAGUUACUUUGUUUUAGUGAUCCCUUUACAUUUCUGCACAGGGAGAGAAUCCACUGCCUGCCUUCAGCAGCUUGGGACUCCUGCUGCAGUCAUGAAGUAAAAAAAUGGUUGUAGACAUUUGUAGCUGAGACUGCUUGUGAUGUGUUGUGAUAAAAAGUGAUGUUAAAAUCCCCUGUCUGACUUUUGGGGCUCAUUUGUUUGUUUUCUUUGUGAGGGAUAAGGGAAGGUGUAAAGCACUAGACUUGACAUUGGUUCUUAAUUCCUGUUCAGAAUCACUUUCCAGCACGGGGGAAAUAUUUAGGGGAAAAAAACCCCAACAACUUGGGGUUUUUUUUCAGUGAGAAUAUGCAAAAAAAUGAGGAAACAUUUCAGAGUGGUUUCCAACUCUGUUUUGAAUAUGUUACUCAAAUCACUCUGAAGGUUUAGCAGGAUGUUACAUACUGACGUAUUCCAGGCUACUGUAAAAAUAAGAUAAGGAAAAUAAGAUAGACAAAACAACCUAAAAUGUUGUGGGAUUCUCUCUUACACUGGCAACCUAAAGUAAAACACAUUUAAAAUGUGCACUUUUCACUUGUUUACAUUGAUUUUCAAGGCAGCUUGCUUUUAAUCACCUUAAACCUUCAAGGAGAAACUGGAUGAUGUUUAAAAACCAUCUACUCACAGCUACAGUCUUGGUACAGUCUUUUCAAAUCAUUAAUAAAAGAUCUGAGGAUGAGGGGCUACAUCCUGCCUUCUUUUCCCAGUCUCCUGAGCAGUGUGACAGCACCAUGGUCACUGGUCCUGUCUGUGCCUUUGCCUUCCUGACCUUACUCAUGGUUUUGAUAUUCAGUUACUUCAUAUCACAGUAGGAGUUGGAUCUUACUCUUGUGUACCAAGUCCACAUCUGAGUUUACUUGGUGGUUGCUGGUGGAUGAAGCUGUACCACAAAGAUGCUGAGGCUUUCAGUGUUUGGUGUCAGGUGGCUUUGGCCAAGCUCCUCUGGGGUGUUCUGACAUCCUGCUUUUAGACUGUUCUGAGAGAUUCUUAAAACUUUCUGAGGGGCAGACAGCAAUUUAUGGAUCCCAUGGAUUUGGCUUUUGGAGGAUGUUGCUUUGCCAGGAGCCUGGAUUGCUGCAGGGGCAGUGUUAAAUAAGCUGCUCAUCCUGGCUUGUGCCACAGUUCUGAUCUUGGCCCACACUUGCUAACUCCAGCACCAGACUAGAUUUCUGGUAUCCUUUUUUUGUAAUGGGAUUAACAAGAGAAAGAGAAAAGCUCAGUUGACAUCAUUGGCGUCACCUCUGUGGGGCUGUGAUGCCCAGAGGUAGGCAGCUGUAGCUGACUUGGGGAAGAAGUCCGUGUUUGAAGCAGUAACUGUUUUUUUUCCCUGCUGCCUUCACUCGGGGAAUUGGCAGCGUUUCAGCAGGGACAGGGUUUUGUACUGGCUGCUGCUGCGUGUGCAUCUCCUGCCCUCUCCUGGGGAAAACGAUUGCAGUUCCCUCGUGGCUGAGAGGUGGCAUAUGGAGAGGCUGGAUGGUUCCAUUUGGAAUGCAAAUCCUGCCCUCAAGUCUUUUAGAAAUGCUUGAAACUUAGAGUUACUCUUACAGCAAUAUUUGUGGCUCAUAUCCUUCCUCCAUGCAGAUUUCCCUCGAAGCAUUUGUUCUACCAACUCUGGCUCCUCACCCUGACAUCAUCAGUGUUUCCUGUAAGUUGAGUGUAUGUCUGUGUAGGUGUUCAUUUCACCUUAAAUAAAUGGUAUGGUCUUCUAUAUACCCUUAUUACCAGGUCAUAUUUCAGUGUUUAUGCUUAUGAACGUGCACAUCUACAAGUGAGACAUCGCUUAAAAUGUUGCAAGAUGGGUUUGCUCAACAGUUCUUUUUCUUACCUUGGUUACUAAAAGUGCUGCUGUAUGGUAGCAUUAGUUGUCAUUCAGUUCCAAAACAGCCAUGAGGAGCUUCAGAGGAAAGGGGAGGGAGGGAAAAAGCAAGAACUUUUAACUUUCUCGAUUGCAAUGGGGUAAAGGAUCAAGUUGCCUUUGUGGAGAGCCAAAAAAAUAGUGAUGUUGUCUUAAAUAUGAUCAGCAGUUGUGUACAGAAAUAAAUGAUGUGUAUAGAGAAGAGAAUCAUUCUUAGUUGAUUUGGAAAACUGCUUUACUUGUGUGGGGGAAUUUGUAAAUGUCACUUCAAGGGGUAAAUAAACUUGUAUAGAUGACCAAUA